AUGAAGUCAGAUCUCUGGUAUUUCUUUCUCUUCUGCUUCCAAGUUGAAGUUCUAACAGGCUUGACUGUGUAUGAUGCUGGGCAGAAGUUGAAUCAUGUUACAGGAAACACAAGUGUGAAGGUCAUAGUGUGGGCCCAAAAGGAGAAAAAGCUGCUGACAAAAUCAUCUUCAGAAGUAGAAGACAAUGCAUCUACAUCUUUACGUGCACAAGGAGAAUUCAAUGCUUCUGCCACGUCUGAGAUGUUUAUAUUCCACAAUGGAGGUGUACAAAUUUUAUGCAAAUACCCUGAUACUGUCCAACAAUUUAAAAUGCAGUUGUUGAAAGGGAAUAAUAUACUCUGUGAUCUCAUUAAAACAAAGGGAAGCGGAGACACGGUGUCCAUCACGAAUCUGAACGUCUGUCAAUUUCAGUUAUCCAAUAACAGUGUCUCUUUUUUUCUGUAUAACUUGGACAGUUCUCAUGCCAGCUAUUACAUCUGCAAACUGUCAAUUUUUGAUCCUCCUCCUUUUCAAGUAGAUAUUCUAAGCAAAGAAUAUUUGAAUAUUUACGAAUCACAGGUUUGUUGCCAGCUGAAGUUCUGGUUACCCAUAGGAUGUGCGGCUUUUGUUGUAGUGUGCAUUCUUGGAUGUGUCCUUACAUGUUGGCUUACAAAAAAGAAGUAUCCUUCCAGCGUGCAUGACCCUAAUAGUGAAUACAUGUUCAUGGCAGCAGUGAACACUGCUAAAAAGCCUGGACCCACAGGUGUGACCCGUAAUUUGGAACUCUCUGGCACCCAGGCAUGA